CGCCGAUCUACGGAUGUAAAAACAGAAAUCGAUAAAUUUGUCGAGUAUAGAGUGGUUGUUUAUGGUCGAAACGUAACCCAUGUUGGUUGUAGGUAGAGGAUAUCUUGGGUUUCGUCAAUUUGCGUCAUGACUUCCAGCUAUGCUCAUGUAAUGGACAGACAAGCCACACUACCAAACCGACUGGAGACUGCGAUCACCGCGAAUCAGGAUCAUUUACAGGCUAAAAAGAACUUCUCCGUGAGCCACCUGUUGGAUCUGGAGGAGGCGCGGGAGAUGGUGGGAGCUCAAGCGGAGGAAAGCGCAGGGGAGGCGGGCAGGAGUAUGCUGGAGUCUCCGGGACUCACCAGCGGGAGCGACACUACACAGCAGGAGAACGAGCAGCUCAACGCAGAGGAGAAGAAGAAGCGUAAACAGAGGCGAAACAGAACCACGUUCAACAGCAGUCAGCUGCAGGCCUUAGAGAGAGUGUUUGAGAGGACGCAUUACCCCGAUGCUUUCGUCAGGGAGGACUUGGCACGACGGGUCAACCUCACUGAAGCACGAGUUCAGGUAUGGUUUCAAAAUCGACGGGCUAAGUUUCGACGAAAUGAACGUGCGAUGCUGGCAAGUAAAAAUGCUUCAUUGCUCAAGUCUUUCUCAGGAGAAGUAACAGCCGUAGAGCAGCCCAUUGUCCCACGACCCGCACCCAGACCCAAUGACUACCUGUCCUGGGGAAGCUCACCGUCAUACAGUGCCAUGGCAACUUAUUCUCCCUCGUGCGCCAACAACACAACAGCCCAGGGCAUGAAUAUGGCCAACAGUAUCGCCAACCUGAGACUGAAAGCCAAAGAAUACAGCCUGAACCAGGUACCCACUGUCAACUGAAGCGGGCAGCUGGGCUGUCAAAGACUCUCAGAACAAUCCCAAUGUCCCAGCCCCAAAUCUAUUGACAUAAACAACGUUUUCUGUCCUCCUCUAUGUGUUUUACUCUUAUCCAUCAAAGAACAGAAGCAAACGAGAACAGCUCCAAGGCACCAAGCUUUCCUAAAACCAAUGAUUUACAUUGAACCGUCAUGUUCCUGGUAUGUGGGGAAAUGACAUGUGGGAAAAUUGAGUUUUGGACAGCACAAAAUGGAAAGUUUUCCCUGUUCACACUCACUGUGGCAGCGUAAGCGUGGUCAACCCUUUUGGAGAUCGUGGCUUACUAUAGAUUUCUUUCUUGAGACUCCUGCCGACCACAGGGAUUUGAUGACCUCUGCGGAAUCCAUAUACUACAAUCUUGCGGACAUCUGGGGAGUUUUUAGGAUUUCCCCUUGAUUUCUCAUUGGAACUCGUAAAUGCGCACUGAGGCCACAAAUUGGGAUUUGGAUAUUUUGGUUAUUUGGGAACAGAGUGAAAUUUGGCUUUCCUGUUACUGGACUCUAAAAUCACUCUUCACUGUUGUCCGUUUAAAAAACAUGCAAGGGGGUAUCGGUUCAUUUUGGCAUAUACAGAACUCUGGCCAUGUAUGUAAGUGAUGAAUUCAGAGCUUUGUUGAUUAUACCCCAUUAUAUUUUCUAAAUAUAUGCAUAAAUAUGUAACAUUACUUUGCAAUAAAGAUGUCCUAGCAAUGUAAUGUCAUCAA